GUGACAUGAACAUUCUCAGUGGCUUUGCGCACAAUUUUCUUUUGCUCCUCUAUUUAUUCCUCUUCUCUGCACAUUGAAUUUCGCAGCAAUCUCUCUUUCUGAUGACUUUUCUCCUUUUUCUCAACAAUCCUUCUAUUGAACCUUAAUUAGUUGGGGCUCAUGGAAACGGAUGUGGGUGCAAUUACCUGUGAGCUAUUCCAGGAAGCAAAUGGAAGUGCUGCCGAGAAGAAGCCUACAGUUGUCUUUGUUCUAGGUGGCCCUGGUAGUGGAAAGGGCACACAAUGUGCAUACAUUGUUGAGCACUUUGGUUUUACUCAUUUUAGUGCUGGUGAUCUUCUUAGGGCAGAAAUUAAAUCUGGUUCUGAAAAUGGUUUAAUGAUUAAAAGUAUGAUUAAUGAAGGGAAGAUUGUUCCUUCUGACGUAACAGUAAAUCUUCUCCAAAAAGCAAUGGAGGAAAGUGGUAAUGACAAAUUUCUUAUAGAUGGUUUUCCACGUAAUGAUGAAAACCGUGCUGCUUUUGAGGCUGUUACUGGUUUAGAGCCAGCUUUUGUCCUGUUUUUCGAUUGUCCUGAAGAGGAGAUGGAGAGGCGCAUUUUAAAAAGGAAUCAGGGAAGAGAUGAUGAUAAUAUUGAGACAAUUCGAAAGCGUUUCAAGGUUUUCUUAGAGUCCAGUCUCCCUGUAGUUCAGUAUUAUGAAUCUAUUGGGAAAGUACAUAAGAUUGAUGCUGCAAGGCCAGUUGAAGAUGUAUUUGAGUCAGUUAAAGAUGUUUUCACAUCAAUAAAUGAGAAGGUAAAACCCCAUGGUCGUGCGCAGCAGAAAUUUACUCUAUUAAAACUCCAACUAAAAUGGAAAAUGAACUUUUUACGAAAUGGAGUUUGCAAGAGGUAUUGAUUGAGCAUGUUUUCGAGACAAAUAGAGCACUACCUGCUUCAAAAUUGAGAAGGGUUAGAUACCAGAAUUUUGGAUUAUGGACCUUAAGCUUUAUGUAAACUUCAUUCAAAUUAGGGGUUAGAUACCAGAAUUUUGGAUUAUGGACCUUAAGCUUUAUGUAAACUUCUUUUGAAUUAGAAAGUAAAUUUAUCCAAUGGAGCUUCUAAGACCGACCAGUAACACGUGCUUUAUCAUUGUCAUUUCACAUACUGCUUCUGUAAUUUGUGUGCAUAGAAAUAAAUGCUCAAUGAGAGAUGAAAAGGCAGCUUUUGGCUGCGUAUUUUCAUGUUCAAAAUGCUGAAUUCUUCUACUGUCAAGAAUGUAGGAAAUUGAAUAACUAGCUUAUUGCAGUUUGACUCUAGAUGCAUAUGAUGUGACUUCUGUCCUAAUUGGUGUAUGGUUUCUCCAAGAGUAACAGACAGUUUUCUUCUUACGAGCAAGGCACCAUUGUCAUCAGGUUGAUGCUUAUGUGUGUGAUGUAAAGGGUUUUGAGAUUCAUAUACAUAUUUGGUGUAUAUUUGUAAUACUUUAAACGAGGAACAUGAUUUCACAUCAAACAAUGUGAUAUUAGUUUGAGAAGUUUGACGAUAACCACUCUCACUAUGGUUCUCAUUUCCUGAGCUAUUAGAACUGUAUUCAAAUCCUAGUUGAAUUUAUUUAGGCUCAUGAUGGCUCGGAGAAGAACUAUAUGUUGGUUUUCACUGAACGGCUCAGCACUUUUGUGUUUAUUUUUUUCUUCCUGCUGUUGUAAUCGACCAAGGCACAUCAUGUGGUUUUUGUCAAUGAUUAGUAAAAUCAAAAUUUUUGUAUGCCUUUAGUUAUCAGGUGCUGUAUUAGUUGGGACUGUAAUGAAUUUUGAGAAUAAUAAUAUAGUGCCUGAAGUUUCAAUGUGAUUU